AUGGUCAUCAAAGACAUGGAGAAUGUCGCCAAGAUGAACGUCCAAUCGACAAGCAAUGGCUGGAUGUUGUAUGAGGGAGCAUCGACCAAGGACGCAACAGAGCCACUGUACAUAGCUGAAAAGAGUCCCGAGUGCGACGACGACGACUGUUGCAUAAGCUUCACUGAUAGGCAGUCAAAAUUAUUCGCUCGUAGCUCAAUGCCAAAGAUGCUCGCUUGGCGCGAUAGCGAUGUGAAGCUCAUCAUCCACGAUAGAGCCUACUCCCUAUCCAAGUUGAGGUGGUGGAAGACACAGCGGAACUUCGUUAGUUGUGAGGGUGUACAUUGUGCAAUCCUGCGUGUCGUACGAGGCUUCCUUCAGAUCGUAAACUCUCACAAUAAUCACGUACUGGCGACGUUCACUUACUCGCAUUGGUCGAGGAAGAAAUUGGGAAUUAUCCGCCUCUACUCUGCAGAAAACACCUCAGAUAGAGAUAAAGUACUCUUCGCUUUAAUCCUUUCGAUAAUGGCCAAAGUGGAACACCAGCGUCAGCUCGAGGUGGUUUUCUGA